CCCUUGGAGACUAAGCAGCUAUGACAGACAGAAGAGUUUCCUACUUCUACAAUGCGGACGUGGGCAACUUCCACUACGGAGCGGGCCAUCCGAUGAAGCCGCAGCGCCUGGCGGUGACGCACAGCCUGGUGAUGAAUUAUGGCCUCCACAAGAAGAUGAAGAUAUACAGGCCUUACAAAGCCAGUGCUCAGGACAUGCUUCGGUUCCACAGCGACGAGUACAUUGCCUACCUGCAGCAGGUGACACCGCAGAACAUUCAGUGCAAUUCCGUGGCCUACACCAAGUACCUGGCACACUUCAGCGUGGGAGAAGACUGUCCCGUGUUUGAUGGGCUUUUCGACUUUUGCGCCAUGUACACUGGCGCCUCGCUAGAGGGGGCCCAGAAGUUGAACCAUAACCACAGCGAUAUCUGCAUCAACUGGUCAGGCGGCUUGCACCAUGCCAAGAAGUUCGAAGCCAGUGGAUUUUGCUACGUAAAUGACAUCGUGAUUGGCAUCUUGGAGCUGCUGAAGUACCAUCCUCGGGUCCUCUACAUCGACAUCGACGUGCAUCACGGCGACGGGGUGCAGGAGGCCUUCUACCUCACAGACCGGGUCAUGACGGCCUCAUUCCACAAAUACGGCAAUUACUUCUUCCCGGGUACGGGUGACAUGUACGAGAUUGGGGCAGAAUCAGGGCGCUACUACAGCGUGAAUGUGCCUCUCAAAGAGGGAAUCGAUGAUCAAAGCUAUUUUCAGGUGUUUAAGCCCAUUAUUUCGGCCAUCAUGGACUUUUAUCGGCCAACCGCCAUUGUUUUGCAAUGUGGAGCAGAUUCUCUAGCCGGGGAUCGGCUUGGUUGUUUCUCGCUAAGCACGCGCGGCCAUGGGGAAUGUGUAAAGUUCGUCAAGGAACUAAAUGUACCCACAUUAGUUGUUGGGGGAGGAGGAUAUACGCUCCGAAAUGUGGCCCGUUGUUGGACGCACGAAACAUCUCUGUUGGUGGACCAGGAUAUCGCCAACGAAAUUCCAGCAACCGAGUAUUACGACUUUUUCGCGCCUGACUUUACCCUCCAUCCAGAAAUCAACUCGCGGCAGGAUAAUGCCAACUCCAAGCAGUAUCUGGAGCUAAUUGUGAAGCAUGUCUACGAGAAUCUCAAGAUGUGCCAACAUUCGCCAAGCGUACAAAUGGUUCAGACACCGCCCGAUGUCGAUUUGGAAGAGCUGCGCAACAACAAGAACGAAGAAGCCGAUCCCGACGUACGCAUGUCCCAGGCGGAUGACGACAAACUGGUUGAAGCUAAGAACGAGUUCUAUGACGGGGAUCAGGACCAAGAUAAGCCAGAUUCGGCGGAGAGUUAG